AUGGCCUUCCACCAUAACUUGUCAUCACAAGACCUUCCUCUUCACCACUUCACAGACCAACAAGCAACAGAAAACACAACGGCACCACCGAAUUGGCUGAACACUGCUCUACUCCGCUCUCAACAGCCACCACAACAAACUCAUCACCACUUUACUGAUAACAACAACACGAACAAUUUCUUAAACCUCCACACGACCACCACUUCCACCACCGCCACCACUUCUGACUCCACCUCUCAUAACCCAGCUCAAUGGCUCUCCCGUUCCUCCUCCUCCCUCCUAAACCGCAACCACAGUGACGUCAUCGACGAUGUCGCCGCCGCUGCCGCCGGUGCAGACCACCACAUGAUCGGUAGUAUGUCGCAAGAAUCGUCAGAAUUGAAGAAUAUAAAUAAGAGUGAAGGAGAAACCAUGGUGGCGGACAGUGGUGGCGUUGGUGGAGGAGAGGCAGUGAUGAAUUGGCAAAAUGCAAGGCAUAAAGCGGACGUAUUGGCGCAUCCUUUGUACGAUCAAUUGUUGUCUGCACACGUGGCGUGUUUAAGGAUUGCCACGCCAGUUGAUCAGUUGCCGAGAAUUGAUGCACAGUUGGCUCAGUCACAACAAGUAGUGGCUAAGUACUCUGCUCUAGGAAGCCAACAAGGAUUGGUUUCUGAUGACAAAGAGCUUGAUCAGUUUAUGACACAUUAUUUUCUGUUGCUUUGUUCCUUUAAAGAACAAUUGCAGCAACAUGUUCGAGUUCAUGCAAUGGAAGCAGUAAUGGCUUGCUGGGAGAUAGAGCAGUCCCUACAAAGUUUAACAGGAGUUUCUCCAGGUGAGGGUACAGGUGCAACAAUGUCAGAUGACGAUGACGACCAAGUUGACAGUGAUGCCAAUUUGUUUGACGGAAGUUUGGAGGGUGCAGAUACAAUGGGGUUUGGUCCCUUGGUCCCUACAGAGAGUGAAAGGUCUUUGAUGGAGCGUGUCAGGCAAGAAUUGAAGCAUGAAUUAAAACAGGGUUACAAAGAGAAAAUUGUUGACAUUAGAGAGGAAAUUUUGCGCAAGAGAAGAGCAGGAAAGCUUCCUGGGGACACAACCUCGGUCUUAAAAGCUUGGUGGCAAUCCCAUUCCAAAUGGCCAUAUCCUACCGAGGAGGACAAGGCAAGAUUGGUACAGGAAACAGGUUUGCAAUUAAAGCAGAUAAAUAAUUGGUUCAUCAAUCAAAGGAAGAGGAACUGGCACAGUAACCCUUCAACUUCAACAGUCUUGAAAAGCAAACGCAAAAGUAAUGCAGGUGAUAACAAUGGCGAUCGAUUUGUGUAA